AUGUUACCUCCAGCAUAUCCUGAGAAGGUGGAAGCUUGCCGAAACCUCCUCCAAGUUAUCAGUAAGAGGAGCGCCCAGAUAUCACUUCAAAACGACCCAGCUCUACAAUUCGUCAAUCUCCAGGUCCACCUGACGACAGCGGAGAUCAUAAGCAAAAUAGAGAAACAGAACGUAUCGCAUACUGACAUUUUUGACGACUGCGAGAAUUUAUGCCAGCUCUUCUCACUCCUGACUGUCGACAGAGGCUACAUUUGCCUGAAAUUCGCGAAAUUGAUUCUACAAUUAUGCACGGCUGUUGCGGAGGUCUGUAAUCUGCUCGAGAGAAAAUGCAACGCGAAAGUCAUAAACUGGCCUGUCGUGGGAAACAGUUUUGUCGAAGAGGCCAAGGUCGCCGAUGCGAAACGGACGAGAACAUCGUUCCUGGAUUACAUUCCGAAGCUCAGCGAUUUCGAACAAGUUUGUCGGAUCUCGGCCGGGAACUUCAGUGAAGUCUAUCUUGUCACUCACAAGGGGACUGGACACCCUUUUGCCAUGAAAAUAUCCCCCACGAAUAAAUUUGAUCGAGACGAUGCCAGCAACUGCGUCAGCGCGGGCUCGAAGGCUGAGGCGAGUGGAACAAUGAGAAAAUCGCGGAUCACGAAUGAUUCGUGCAUGAGUUUCGUUGACAAGAUGCUCGGAUCUCUCACGCACGACUUCCUUGUCUGUCGGAUAUUUUGCUCCUUCCGAGCCGAUCCUGACGUCGACAUAACAUUGAUGGAUGUGGGAGACGGUGAAGUCGACGUCCUGCAACUAAUCGACCAUUUGGGAUACCUAAGCGCCGGAGACGCUCUCAUGAUCGCACUGCAGGCCACCCUCGGUAUCGAGCACAUCCAUCUACGAGGGUUCAUCCACCGAGACAUACGACCAUCGAAUUUCGUCAUCGAUCGCUUCGGGAAGCUCAAGAUCGUCGAUUUCGACAGCGCGAGGGUCUGCCGGGGACAUUUCGCUUUCGAGAGAAUUCUAGCGGGCUUCUUCAAACGUACCGCGAACGAGCUGAAGGAUCGAGAGACAGUCAGCGCGAUUCCGUACACGGCUCCCGAAGUUCUUAACAAGAAAAGUUGGGGAAGAGCGAUCGAUUGGUGGUCGUUAGGAAUUUCAAUCUAUAAAAUGACGACUGGCCGAUUACCCUUCAGGGGUUCCAAUUCUGCCGCCGUUAUCGAGAGUGUUUGCAACGAGGAGCUCAAGUGGCCGAAAGCCUCAGAAUCACCUCAUUCGGCAACGCCAGACAUCAAGGAAUAUGUCUACGAUCUUCUGAAGAAAAAUCCCAUGGGCAGAUUGGGCACGAAAAUAUACAGUGAUCUAUUGGAGCCGACUGCGGUUCACGGCGCUAUAGAAUCCUUGAGACCAGUUCACACGCUCAAGGAUGGCGGACCUGUGAGAGAUCUCCGAACGAAGCUGUACAUCAUUUCCUUCAGUGAAAUCGAUCGGAAUCUCACGAAAGACCUCAAGACUCCGGUGACGCAGCUUGUAAUGAACAGGGUUUCUGUCGGAACGUACAACCUAUCGGAACUCCGAGAUAAGACUGAGGAGUCCCUGCACUAUCCACUGACGACUUUCUCCCAUCCAAAGUUCCGUCGAUUCACCGAUCGUCAGAGCGGGACGUUCCCAAUGAGCGAGAAGUUCUUAGUUCCCUUAACGCCACCGGACCGGAAACUAGACUACUACAAGGCCCAAGACGAUGCGGAAACGCUGAUCGGGAUGACCAUGCAAGAAACCGCGGUUCAGAGAGAAGCGCAGGUUCAGCUCGUUAAAGCAACCUUCACAUACCGGACGAAGCUAUUUUGUUGCAAAACUGCAAAUAUUAAGCUACGUCUCGUUCAAGGCGAAGGCAAACUAACGUACCCCGUGGUCUACGCUAAGUCGGACUCCGGUGCCGAACAGAAUAUCGAUGAGGCCAAUUACGGCGAUAUCAUGGUUUCGAUCGAGAAAUCCUCUCUGAUCGGCUCGAGCAUGGAACAGAUAUCAGCGAUUCUCAGAAGUCGCAUGAAGAAGACGAAGGGAACGAUCAAAUGUCAAGUUUUGAGAAACAACAUCUUCCGACACGCGUAUACCGAUCGUGUCAGGGCUUUCGAAAACGUGACGCGGAGUCCGCAGGCCGACGUGACUCUGAGCUCGCCUCGGAGCAAAUACUUCCAAACUCGAAUUUUGAAACUCUGGAAUCAGGAGGCGAGGGAUUUCAUCGGUUUCCACGUGGUGAUCUUCGUUCAUCCCGACGUGACGCCUUCCGACGGACAUACAAUGAUUUUUUACGGGGAUGUUCUCUUGCAAUUGAACGGGCACGACGUUUCGCACGUCGAUCCAGCCGAAGUGGAGCGACUCUAUCGAGAUAGACCGUCUAUCGGAGUUGUCUUUUAUCAAACAUCCGUCCUCCGCCGAAAAGAUCUUCAUGAAGCCGGCAUUGAAGAAACUGACUUUGGUGACACCGAGCUCGAGAGAAUGCUCCCGGGAUCCUCAACUUCAUGA